ACUAGAGUCCUGUCAAUCAAACAUCAACCUCCGUGAUUGGUUAGUUGAUGAGGAAGCGCUCCUUUUCAGUCACCGCGCUCCCCGCUUCGGCUGAAUGUAGCCCACUUCGUUGGGGAUACCUAUCUCCUCUAGCUUUUGUUAGUAUGAAAAUCAAAGCUAUUUUCCUACUAUGUGUAAAGUAAGAGUGUAUCUCAUAACUUUUGGAAAAUAUUAUGCUUGGGAAGCCGAUUAGAUUGUGAUUUGUAGUGCAUUUGCAUCAGCUAAGUGCACAGAAGUCAGACUGAAGCGGUGCACGGUUGAGUUGAAUGCGGGGAUUCAAGUCAACGCGUUCUUUUAAUACAUCCAUGGUCAACGCAAGCAGCUGUGGAAAUAUGGUUUUGAAGCAUCUACAAGAAACAGGACUGAUAAUGCGGAUAUAAGUAAGUAUUCUGUAACACUACAGUUUGCGUUAAUGCUGCAAUUCUUCACGAAAGGAAGAGGGAAUAAAAACGAGCGCACCUCUCUUUUUUGACCAGAUCUCGCGAUAUUUGCUGAGCGGUUGCGUUGUUCGGGCGAGCCGACGACGAGACUGUAGCUGUCUGGAAAUUUUGUCUCGUGGUUUAGACUAAAACGUAUUAUUCAUAUUUAGACAUUUUUUUGUACGUGCGACUAAUUAAUCGUUCCACAUUGUUACACACGUCACUUUUAGUGUCCUGAAGUAGACUGGACAAUGGCUGCUGCAGAGGUGAACGGUAGCUCUGCCCCGGUGAAGGAGGAAGAAGAGCCCAUGGAUGUGUCAACAACACACACAGAGAACUACCAGACGCUCAUUGAUGCUGGACUGCCCCAGAAGGUGGCAGAAAGUCUGGAUAACAUCUUCCAGACAGGCUUGGUGGAGUAUGUUGACCUAGAUGAAAGGGCCAUUGAUGCACUGCGCGAGUUCAAUGAGGAGGGAGCGCUUACUGUGCUGCAGCAAUUCAAAGAGAGCGACCUGUCCCAUGUACAGAAUAAAAGUGCUUUCCUUUGUGGAGUCAUGAAGACUUACAGACAGAGAGAAAAACAAGGAAGUAAAGUACAAGAGUCCACCAAGGGCCCAGAUGAGGCGAAAAUAAAGGCUCUGUUGGAGAGGACGGGAUACACGCUGGAUGUCACCACAGGGCAGAGAAAAUACGGAGGUCCCCCACCUGAUGAUGUGUUCAAAGGAACACAACCGGGGAUUGGCACUGAGGUGUUUGUCGGAAAAAUCCCAAGGGAUUUGUAUGAAGAUGAGCUGGUGCCGCUCUUUGAGUCUGCUGGUGCCAUCUGGGACCUCAGGCUAAUGAUGGACCCUCUUUCUGGUCAGAACAGGGGUUACGCAUUCAUCACAUACUGCAAUAAGGAUGAUGCACAAAAGGCUGUCAAACUUUGUGAUAACCAUGAAAUCCGCCCUGGCAAGUACUUGGGAGUGUGUAUAUCUGUUGCAAACAAUCGCCUGUUUGUCGGAUCAAUUCCAAAGAACAAGACGAGGGAAAGUAUAUUGGAAGACUUUGGCAAAGUUACAGAGGGUCUCCAAGAGGUGAUAUUGUACCACCAGCCAGAUGACAAGAAGAAGAACCGUGGCUUCUGUUUCCUGGAGUACGAGGAUCACAAGUCCGCAGCACAGGCUCGCCGCCGCCUAAUGAGUGGCAAGGUCAAGGUGUGGGGGAACCCCGUCACUGUGGAGUGGGCCGACCCUGUUGCUGAGCCAGACCCGGAGGUCAUGGCCAAGGUCAAGGUGCUGUUUGUAAGGAAGUUGGCCACAGCAGUGACCGAAGAGCUCCUUGAAAAGACCUUCUCUCAGUUCGGAAAGCUGGAGCGAGUGAAGAAAUUGAAAGAUUAUGCUUUUGUCCAUUUUGAAGAAAGAGAUGCUGCCGUGAAGGCAAUGGAUGAGAUGAACGGGAAGGAGUUAGGAGGAGAGGAAAUUGAGAUUGUGCUGGCAAAGCCCCCAGACAAGAAGAGGAAAGAGCGCCAAGCAGCUCGGCAGACCACCAGGAAUUCAGGGUAUGACGACUACUACUAUUACCCACCUCCACGCAUGCCGCCACCAGGCAGAGGCAGGGGUCGUGGUGGCCGAGGGGGCUAUGCCUAUCCACCAGAUUACUAUGGAUAUGAUGACUACUAUGAUGACUACUACGGCUACGACUAUCAUGACUACCGUGGUGGCUAUGAAGACCCAUACUACGGCUACGACGAUGUGUACAGUAUGAGGGGCCGUGGCACUCGUCCCAGCAGGGGGGGGCCUCCUCCACCCAGAGCUCGUGGAGCACCACCUGCACGUGGCCGGGGGGGCUACGCCCAAAGAGGGCCGCCCCUUGGUGGACCAAGGGGUGGCCGAGGCGGGCGGGGUGCCCCUUUCCAGCCGCAGAGGGGCCGCGGUCCUCGCGGGGCCAGGGGCAAUCGUGGUGGCAACGUCGGCGGAAAGAGGAAGGCAGACGUGUUUAACCAGCCUGACUCCAAGCGCCGCCAGACCAACAACCAACAGAACUGGGGGUCCCAGCCCAUCGCCCAGCAGCCCCUGCAGCAAGGGGCCGACUAUUCCGGUGGAGAAGCAUUGAGAGCGGCACCACUAGAAUGAGGAACUCACCUGAACGGUACUCGAGGGCAGUAAAGCAGCUGCCCCCAUCCAUGUGAAUGUCCAUGUGAGUUCACACAAAUGGAAGGGACUGAUUGAGCGUAAUGUUUGAUGUCCUAGCUGUCUCUUUAUGACCUCUUUACUUCCCUGAGCCAAUACGUUUUGUAAGUUGGUUUUCAGAAUAUUCAGAAAUCUGGCAUAUACUUAUAGAUACAUUGCAUCAUAUUAAACACAAUACAGUCUGUCUCUCUGGUCAUGUUGUUGGUCUCGAUGGUCAUGUUGAUGCUUAGAAACUGAUUGACUCAGAUUUAUUAACAUGCCCUCGUCUGUGUGGCCCUUUUUCUAGCUCCGAGUCAUGAGACGGUUCUCCACAAGCUGCGAGCCAGACUCGUCACGAGGUUUCACAUCCCUCAGAGUGAUCUACUUACUGGACUGCACACUUGUUGUCCAGUACUCAUGGGAACACGAGCUGGCUCGUCCCGGCUCAGCAGAAGUCAGAGAAACGUAGGACGAUACAGUUGAUGGACAUGUCUUUAUCCAGAGCUCCAUCCAGCCGACUGCUGCUUCUUUAUCCAGCUUGCAUAAGUAUUAAUGUAAAGGGAAACGAUCUGUUGCUCUUGAUUGUUCAAUACAAUUUAUUACCCAAGUAAAUGUGUUUGUGUAUGCAUAUUUAUUUUUUUAUUUUAUAUUCACUUUGGACCUAGUGAUAUUUAAGUUCUAAACUGCACAACUUUUACUUGGGUCCUCAUAAUGGAAGUCAUCAAGUCUUCUGUAAAUUUUGUGCAGCAACAUCAUGGAGUUCAUUAUGAGGUUCAGUAGUGGAUCCUACAAAUGAUUAACAUGUUUCUUAUUGUAAACUUACAGUCAAACAGCUUGAAAUGGAGGGUGGGCAUGUAAACCUAGUGGAUGGACCACUGUAACUGUGAUUUACUUGUUCACUGUGCUUGUCCCUUCCCACUUGUGAUGAGAGGUGGAUACAAGUGGUUUAAGACAAGUCACGAAGUGCAGGAGCAGGGAUUGCAAGUUUAAAAAUUCUGAUUGAAUUUUGUAGUUAAAUAAAAAACAAAUUUUUAGGGAA